AUGAUCGGCCAAUUAAAGGUGGAGUUAGAUGGGAAGAGUGCAGUGAUGAGCAGUAUUGCACAGGUCGCUGCAAAUACUCAAAUAUCCUAUUUGAAUCUCUCCUUUGUAGUAAAGACACUCAAAUCGAGUGACUUGAAUCUGAAUCCUCAAAUUGACAAAAACAGUGUCCGAAUUCAAAUUCCCAAAACAACGAAAGAAACUCGUCAAAAGAUGAUCAAACAAGUGGCUCUGGAGUGUGAGCAGCAAAAAUCGAAGCUCAGAGCCGUUCGAAAGCGAUAUAUGGACAAAGUUCGUGUGAUUGAGAAAAAUGUUUCCAUUUCCAAAGAUGAUAUUAGCUCUAUGAAGAAAAAGAUUGAUGAAAUCACCGACAGAGUGUCCAAAGAAAUGGCCGAGAUGAUGAAACGGAAGGAAAAGGAACUCGAUAUUUGA